AUGUUUAGAGGAGAUAAUUCUCAUUCUUUAAGCUAUGAACAGCAGGCCAAAUUUAUUCAAGAUCGAAUCACAAAUGUCGAAAAGAACUUCGGAGAAUUAUGUGUAGGAUUCGGCGAUUACACCAGAAAAACUGCAAGACUUAGAGAUAUGGGAGAUGAGCUGUCUAAAAUUUUAAAAGACUACGCCAACAACGAAAUUGUAAACAAGUCACUCAGUGCUGGCUUGGACAAUUUAUCUUUAACUCUGACAGCAAUUGAGGAAUAUAGAAAUUGCGAAAUUCAACGUCUAGAGGCUAAAGUUAUAGGGGAGCUAUGUCAAUACGAAAAUAUCUGCAAACACGCAAGGGAGGAACUCAAACAUACGAUGAAUGUAAGGGAAAAAGAAAUGUCAAGGAAGAAAGUUCUCGACAAAGCUAGAGAACGACAACCAUUUAAUAGACAACAAGUAACGUAUGCAGAAUCAGAAUUAUUAAAAGCCUCUGCAGAAAUGUCUCGUACUGCAAAAGGGUUAAGCGAACAAACUGAAUUUUUCGAAAGGCGUAAACUUCAACAACUUAAGACUCUUCUGUCGGACUUUGUGACUAUAGAAAUGACGUUCCACGCUAAAGCACUGGAACUGCUUUCUGUUGCUUUCCAACAAAUAGCUGAUAUAAACGACAAAGCUGAUUUAGAACUAUUACUCACAGGUCUGUCUGAUGAGGACAAUUCGAACUUCAAACGAAAACUACGAUCUCCGGAAAAACAAGUUAAUUCCGGAAUUUCAGCGAGGUCAUCGUCUUUGGCAUCUUUAAUGAAGCCACAAUCUUCGUUCGCGAAGGACGAGGAAGAUUCUACGAGUCUUGGAAGAAUGCGAUCCCCCGAUAAGGGUUUGCGAGCCAGAUCCAGUUCUUUGGCGGCUCUCAUGAAUGUUUCUAGAGAUGACGAUGACGAAGAUGAGACAACGAACUCUGACGACUCAGAAGAUCAUACAAGCUCAGAAGAAACGGAAUCCCGUUAG